AUGGGUCCUCUACCAGCUGUUCAGACCGUCUCCAAGCAUGAAGACAAGGUGCGCAUGCUGGUUCUUGAAACCGACGAGACACAUGCGGACACACAAAAAGAGAUUGGGGGCUUCGGCGAAGUCUUCAACAACCUGUUCAUAAAUGCCGGCGACGACCAUGACCCCCAGCUUGGCAUCGAAACUAUGAUGCAGUACAUCGUCGAGCCUGAGGGCGGCGAAGUACCAGGCCCAAAAGAUAUCCCAGAGGACCUGCAUGCAAUUCUUAUCACAGGAAGCGAGUGGGACGCUCACGGUGAUGACGAGUGGAUUCACAAGCUCAUGGACUUCAUCAAGUACAUCUGGAAAAACCGCCCCGACAUCAAAUUCACAGGAAUCUGCUUCGGGCACCAAAUCCUCUGCCGUGCUCUCGGCUCAAAGGUCGAGCCCAAACCCAACGGCGAAUGGGAGCUCUCACACACCGAACUCGAUCUUUCUGAUGUCGGCAGGCAGCUCUUCAGGACUGACGACUCCAAAAUCCGUCUGCACCAGAUGCACGUCGAUCACGUCGUCAACGCACCAAGUACCGAAACAACGGAUUUGUUAGAGAAGGGCACAAAGGUACACGUCUGGGGAACAUCGGAUCACACUGAGGUACAAGGUGUCUACAUUCAGAAGCGACUCUUCACGAGCCAGGGGCAUAUGGAGUUCAAUGAGCGAUAUGUGAAGAGGCAGCUGGAGAUGCGCGUCGACGCAGGAAGUGUCGAGAAGGACGACGCCGAUGAGGCUGCAGAGCGGGCGGACUGGAUCCACGACGGGUUAGUCGUCGCGAAGGCAGUACUGCGCUUCUUCCACGGCGAGGAUGAUAAGCUAGAGUAA